AGCGUAGGCUCGCCUCAGAGGCAAGUUGCACGUAUUGAACUCUCUUUCCUCCCGCACCCCGAGCCCAGCCCGGCUCGCGCCUUCACCAUACCAACCAUCAACACAAAAAACGCUCAGGAAUACCAACUUAAUUCCCGCCUCUAUUAGAACGAAUGAAUAAAAAGCUAACCAACCCCCAGAAAGGGUAUCCGUUGGUCCCAGCCAAUCGCAAGAAACCUGCGUUCCGAACUGCCCAAUGAAAGAGAAACGCUUGCGACUGGUUAUUUGAGGAGUAAAGGGCGGGGAAUUCCGUCGGAGUCGGAAGAGUGACAAAAAACCCAACCAACGGAAAGCCAAGAGGGUACGGAUAACGGAGUGAAAAGGGCGGGGUCACUACGAGAGCUUCCAAUGGAAGCAGAGCAAUCUGGCCGUUGUCCAGUGAGAAGCGACGAAGCCGAGAAGCCUGCCCAAUGAAAUGGGGCCGGUGUGGGCGUUACUAGUGAGGCGGCGGCGCACUCGGUGACUCGGCCCCUUUUCGUCUCGGCUUCAGCGAGAGGCAGCGUCGCUUUGUGGGGAAGCCGGGCUAGGCCUUGCCUGUAAUUACGCCGCCGCCAUGUCGAAGUCUGAGGUAAGAGCCCUGAUUACGGGCGGUUUAGUUCCAUUCUUUCGACCCUCAACCUGUGGCUUGUUUUUGUGGAAUUAUGUUUCCUUUGCCUUUAGGGAUCGUCCGAUUACGGGUGCGAUAUGUCUCCUCACGAAGUAAGUCUUAAAAAAAAAAGUAUAUAUUCCCUAUCCCCAUCCCGGAAUUCUUUUCUCUCUUUCCCCGCCAUUUGCCUCGCCUUCUGCUUCAAGGUGUCGGCCUUCCUUCCUUUGCCGCCUGGCCUCUUUUUUUCCCCUCGGGCUACGCAUGCGCGCUGGCUUUCCAGGGCAGGCGCCAUGUUUCACAGUGCGUGGCGGUCACCGCUGCUCUUCCCCGACGCUUGGAAUGGCUGCGCCUGCGCUCUGCGGGCUAGGAGGAUUGGCGCGCGCCUGCGCACUGGCCUCCGGUUCCCCUUCUUCGAGUUGCGUGGGGGAUGGGGACGUGCGCACACCACGUGCUCUCCUGCUUUGUCUGCAGCCUCUCCGCCCCCCCCCGCAAAUUUCGCCAGUUUUUCCCUUCGCCAACUUUCCCUUUGCAACCGUGGAUGUCUUUCACGCUUUCGCCCCUGUCUCUUGGGUGAUAAUUUUCUUGGGAUUCGUGUACAUAAUGCAUGUUUAUCAUUCAGUAGGGAGGCCUGCCGUACGUAAGCACAUUACUCCCAACUUGGUAUGUAGAACUUGGGGCGCUACUAUUAGCGAACAGCUUGAAAAUCUUGGCCAUUUUAGGGCUACAAAGUUUCUAGCUCUGCCAAGAGACCUAAAAUACUACAAUGUUGCCAUCCUGUAGCUGAAAAUAGACUUGAUGCUUUCCUGCCCCCUUUAGGUUUUUUCCCCUUUUCUUAGAAAUGGAUUCUGAUAGGUAGCUUGUAGUCUUCCUUAGAAGUGUGUUUAUUUGUAGAAGGGCAGAUUUAAGUGAAGGAAGAGCAAUAUUCUCAACAAGACUUGGAAAGCAUACUUGUGUUUUAUAAAAUUAAGCAGCAGAAUACAUAGCUGAUGCAUUUCCUAUUGCUUUAAUACAUCAUAAUGUGUAGCUGAAAACAAGAAUAAAAGGCAUAAAUAAUAAAUAAACGGUUAUCAGAACAAGAAUAAAAGGCAGUCCUUGGUUAUUUGGGAUAUAGUGAUUAUGUGAAAUAGUGACAAAUGCAGGAUUGGAGUGUGCCCCUACUCUUGUUGAGAAGCUUUGCUGGCAUGUUGAUACCAGUUAGGGUGCUAGCAGGGAAAUAGGUAACAAGUGUGCUAACUCAUCCAAGGAUUAUUGUGCAUUAGUAGGCCUGCUUAUCUACAUGAAGCUGUAGUUCGAUGGGAGAGUCCUACAGUGCCACCUUCCUUGUUCUAUAUUUCCCUACUCUUCUCUUUUUCAGUCCCCCAAGGAACCUGAACAGCUACGCAAACUGUUCAUUGGCGGCCUAAGUUUCGAGACGACAGAUGAAAGCCUUCGCAAUCAUUUUGAACAAUGGGGCACACUUACAGACUGUGUGGUAGGUGUUUAUAUGGGGAUUGGCUUUUCAUUUUGGUGGGGACAUUGGUUACUUGGUGUUGUAGAGGUUAUUACCCAAGAAAAAUGAAUGUUUUUGAGUCCUGUAAGAAUCAUGCAUUCCAUGGCAUGCUAUGAUGUGUGUUGUAUCCUUAGAACAAAGUGAAAUAAUCUGACUUGGCUUUUUUUAUACUAGGUGAUGCGAGACCCAAACACUAAGCGCUCCAGGGGCUUUGGAUUUGUCACCUAUUCAACAGUGGAAGAGGUUGAUGCUGCCAUGAAUGCCAGGCCCCACAAAGUUGAUGGGAGAGUUGUUGAACCAAAAAGAGCUGUAUCCAGAGAGGUGAGAGCUGCUGUCGGCUGCACUAGUGAGGAGUGUACCAAAGUGCUGUACAGUGGUAUCUUGGGUUACAGUCGCUUCAGGUUACAGACUCAACUAACCCAGAAAUAGUACCUCGGAUUAAGAACUUUGCUUCAGCAUGAUAACAUAAAUUGCACGGCGGCACAGCAGCAGCGGGAGGCCCCAUUAGAUAAAGUGGUACCCAGGUUAAGAACAGACCUCUGGAAUGAAUUAAAUUCUUAACCCGAGGUACCACUGUAUUAGUUUCCUGUGGCUGAAGGCCAUAAACAUUGUGUUCAUGUACCUGGUUAUCCAGAACUGCAGUUAAAGCAACUAUAUUAAUACCAGUAGGGAAGCUUACAGUAGGGAAGGUACAAUGUAAUUAAAACUAUACUUUCAGUGCCAGUAGGUCAUGGAAUAUUUAACCUGUUGCAUCCUUUUGGUUUUUUUCAACCAUUAUAGUUAAUAAUGAAAGUCUUGGGUGGUAUGCCGGGUCCCUGUGCAUUGCUAUAUUUUACAUGGCCAUAAGAGCAACUAUUCUGUUGGUUGGUAUUCAUGUAAUGCUGUAAUCCAGUAUGUGCUCUGGUCAAUUCCUGGUUCUGAAUACACAGGAUUUGUUUAGUGUGGAGCAAUUCAUGUUUAUUUAGAAGUGUUCUCCCCCACCCCCACCCCACAUUCAGUGGUGCAUACUUGUGGUGCUCUCCAGCUGGAACUCAUGGGAAUUGUAGUCCCACAACCUCUAAAGAGCACCUGUUGGCUGUCUCUGAACUACAGCACAUAGCCUUGAUGUAAAAUAUACACCAGUCUUCAACUUAACCUAAACAUGCUGUCUGUAUGAUAGCUUUCUCCAGUACAGAGAGUUGCAGAGCAGUGAUUGGGAGAAUAAAAUGGUAGCUACUGGCUUACAGUUGAUAAUACAAGCCUAACAUUGCAUUUAUCCUGUCUUAUUCUAGGACUCUCAAAGGCCUGGAGCUCACUUAACAGUAAAAAAAAUCUUUGUUGGGGGAAUUAAAGAAGAUACAGAAGAGCACCACUUAAGGGACUACUUUGAACAGUAUGGCAAAAUUGAAGUUAUUGAGAUCAUGACUGACCGUGGCAGUGGCAAGAAGAGGGGGUUUGCCUUUGUUACUUUUGAUGACCAUGACUCUGUGGACAAAAUUGUCAGUAAGUGUAUUAUUUGAGUUGGUUUGACUUCCAAUUUUAGAGUUGCAAGGGAAAUACUGACAACACUUUGUCUUCUUUAUAUAGUUCAGAAAUACCAUACUGUGAACGGGCAUAACUGUGAAGUCAGGAAAGCCUUGUCAAAGCAGGAAAUGGCCAGUGCCUCAUCCAGCCAAAGAGGUGAGUUUUGUGGCUUUGAUUGAUAUGAACCUAGACUUCUAGUGCCUCUUUGUAGUGCUGAAUGUUGUUCUUUUUUUUGUUAGGUCGUAGUAGCUCUGGCAGCUUUGGGAGUGGCCGUGGAGGCGGAUUUGGCGGUGGUGAGAACUUCAACCGUGGCAGCAGCUUUGGUGGCCGUGGUAAGGACAAUUUUACUGGUUACUUUCAAGAUUUAAUGUUGACAUGAGGGCUUCAAAGACUUAGAAUCAUAGAGUUGGAAGAGACCACAAGGGCCAUUGAGUCCAACCCCCUGCCAAACACUUAUUCCAGAGAAUCUGCCCAGGGCUCAUGUUUUAUAACCCCCCCCCCCCCCAAAAAAAACCCAACUGCACUAAAAUGGGAGAAGAAACCUUAUUUCAGUGUCUAGUUAUUGAUUCAAAUAGACGGAAGUUGCAUGUUCAUAUUUACCUAUCUCGCGCAGGAGGGCUAUACCAGCCAGAACAUUGGUCUUCAGCUGGUUGGUCAGGAAUCCCUACUAGGUUUUAGCCUGAUUUGAGGUGGGUUGUAACAUCAGCUUAACUACCAUGCUACAAGAAAUAAAGGAGCAAUGCCCCAGUGCAGCUUGGGUUUUUUUGUUUUUUUAAGGUAUAAGAACUCAUCUAGAAGACAAAUUCCCAGAUCUCUGUAUUCUGGUUGAGGAUUUGCAGGAAUAACUUGCUUAACUUCUCUAGAAAGAUAGUAAGAGAAAUGUUUGGAAAAUGUUUUCUUCAUAGCCUGCUUUGAAUGUGUUUGUAAUAGCUGUAUUUUAAUAAAUCAGCUAAAAUUUAAUCACCCGUCAUCUUAAUGAACUGAUCCUGGUGCUAAUAGUAGUGCUCUUUCUCAGGAGGGUUUGGCAGUCGCAGUGGCGGAGGUGGUGGCGGCGGCGGCUAUGGAGGCAGCGGAGAUGGCUACAAUGGGUUUGGCAACGAUGGUAAGUUUGCAUCAACUGUGCUUUGAGGAUGCAAAUCUUUCCAAAGUGCCUUACAAAUUAAAUUGAAAGGCACUUAACAUUAAAAGACUAUUAUCAAAACCCAGCAGCCCAACUGGACCCUCCCCCAUGACAGCUGGCAAUGGAUAAACCUGCGGUUGGGGGGCAGGUAGUCUUUGAUACCUUCCCCAGCUUCCCUUCCUCUUCAAGUUUUUAAAAAUAUUUUCCCACGUAUGCUAAUUGAGAACUUUAUGCUGUGAACGAGAACAUGUCCUUUUCUUAAAGGCUAUGGAGGUAGUGGACCCGGAUACUCUGGAGGAAGCAGAGGUUAUGGCAGCAGUGGCAGCUAUGACGGCUAUAACAAUGGAGGUGGCGGCUUUGGUGGCGGCAGUGGUGGUAAGUGUUACGUUUGGGUGGUAAAAUAAUCAGCUGCGUGCACAGUUUGGUUUUGACAAAUUCCCAGUGUGGUCUUGGCAUUAAAUUUCACAUUUGCUUCAGUACCUGUUGCCAUAUGGCAAAUCCUCUACAUCUUCACGUAAAGCAGUAGCAACAAGAAUAAUAGAAGCCGAAUUGUAAAGUUGGAAGACACUCAGAAGGCCAUGUAAUCAACCCCCUGCAAUGCAGGAAUAUGCAGGUGGCCACCAAGGGGAUCGAACCUGUGAUCUUGGCAUUAUCAGCAUCAGAUUAACUAACUGAGCUAACUGGCAUGCUUCAAGGCAAAGAGACAUAAAGAUGAUCCUGUCAAAAGGACUAAAUACAAAAAAAACUAUGAAUGCCAAUCUUUGUAUAGUUCAAUAUUGCCUUUUAUGACUGCAGUGAGUAUAAGCUUUAAAGGUCUUGAUGCACACACGAGACUGCUUUGGUUAACUGAACUUUUUGUGUUGGUAGCGGGAUCUUUAAAGCAUAAUUUAAAGAUUUUUUUUUAAUAAGGCACUUUUUGAAUGCAGUAGCUUAAAUAAAAAAGACCACCUAGGGUAACCAGUGUAAUUCCACAUUUUGCAAAACUGUCUCUGGAGAAGAUAAGCAGUAUGUAUAUCUUCAUGUGAUGCUGGGUAUAAUAGACAGGGAUGGCAAAUUGUUCCUAGUUUGGUAGAUGCAAGUAACUUGUUGAAAUCAUUGCUUCUUACUCUCUACAGGAAGCAGCUUUGGAGGCGGUGGAAGCUACAAUGACUUUGGCAGUUACAACAACCAGUCUUCAAACUUUGGGCCUAUGAAAGGAGGAAACUUUGGAGGCAGGAGCUCUGGGCCAUAUGGUGGAAGUGGGGGUAGGCGUCUUUAAACUGUAGUAAAGUUGAACUGCAUGAACCUCUGUUUCGUUCCUUGAUCACAGGGAAUGGGGGGGGGAUAAGUCUACCUAGUAGGACACUAGAGGCUAAUUCCUACCUUGCUGCUCCUGUUCUUGGCUGUAUGCACCUCUCUGAAAAUGCAACUUUGAUUAUUUCAGGUGGCUACGGUGGCUCUGGUAGUGGCAGUAGCUAUGGCGGCGGAAGGCGGUUUUAAUUCCUAGGUAAGAAUCUUCCUUUUAACCAUUGAAGAAAUAUGCAGUGCUGAUGAAAUUUAAUUGUAACUCUUAAUUUAGCUGAGCAAAGUUAUUGUAGUUUAAGCUUACUUGGACUAAAAUACAGAUGUUAAAAGCUAAUAUAUGGAUUGGCAGUCGGUGGGAAGAAGCUUGCUAUUGGAUUGUAGCUUUGAGUCUCAAAUGUGUUUAGAUUAACAACUUUAUUCCGUAUUAUUCAACAGGAAACAAAGCUUAGCAGGAGAGGAGAGCCAGAGAAGUGACAGGGAAGCUACAGGUUACCACAGUUGUGAACUCAGCCAAACACAGUUGUGGCAGGGUAGAACUGCCUCAUGAAGACAUGUGUUAGACAAGCGCUUGUUUGCAAACAUCAGGACUGUAUUUGUGACUAUCUGUAACAGGAUAUUUUAGUUUUUGUGUUCUGUGGAAAGUGCAAAGCAUUCCAACAAGGGUUUUAUGUAGAUGAUUAUUUUUUUCCACACCCAUGCUGUUGAUUGCUAACUGUAAUAGACUGAUCAUGACGCUGAAUAAAUGUGUCUUUUUUAAAAUGUGCCGUGUAUAAGUUAAGUUUCACUGUAAGUCAAUAUGUACUGGUUUUAGCUGCAUAGUUGCUGUGCAGGCUUAGUUUAAAGGGUAUCAAUGCCUGUUGACAGGUCUAUAAUACUGUGUCAAAGACCAAAUAGCAGUACUGCCCGCAAUUGCAAUGGCAGUAUAAGCACCUGCCAUUGAACCCUUGAAAUGGCACUUUGGACUCAUAGUAAUAUUUAUAUUGGGGUAUGCUGUGAUACUUGUGAAAUCCAGCUGGUUCUGGAGUGCCAUAGAUACGCUACCAGUAUCAGCCCUGCACAUUUUUAAAUUACACACCUUUUAAAAGUCUUAAAGCCAGGGCCAGUUGAUUGAGUCUGCUGAAGGUUGUAAAAUCUCCAAUACUGGAGCUUAAUGCCAGGUCCAAAUGGUUUUUGCAACCUGUUCCUAAUGGGGGUGGGAUUUGUUUCCAUAACCGAAGAGGCUAGUAAAAUAUGACUUCUCAUCUGCCCCUAGCUAAAUGUUUGGGUUGGUCUGUGAAAUACUACAAUUAUUAAGAAGGCAUUGAGCAUCCUAGUUAACUGGGGAAGAUUGGAACAAAACAAGUUGAGUUCUUUACUAAGUAGCUAGACAACAGAAUUAUAUUAGUUUGUGUAUGUUGGGCAAAAGCUUUUAAAAGCUGUAGAUCUGGGUAAAGACUCCACAGUUGUUUAGCCUCUGUCUUUAUGGUUGAUUAGAAUUUUUUACUGGAAGCAGUUGUGUUUAAAAUAGUGCUGUGAAGUGAACCACCAGUACAAGGAUUUCCACGUGUAACAGCAACUCUCUCCUCCCCUUCUCCUACCCAAAUCUGCUCACAAACCCUUGAACAGAUGGGGAUUUCUGUUGUGCAAAUGGAAAUACUUGUGCUGAUGGGAUGCAACAUUGCAGCAUAUAAAAGAAAUGGGUCUGAACGUUCUUGCUGGGUUGAUAAACAAAGCUUUCCUGAUUAGAAUGCAGGAAAACUCCAUAGGGCCAUUGGUUAAUGCUGGUGCCUAAGAAAAGCAGUACACAUGUGAAACUGGUAUAUGAGGCAGCUCCCCAACAAGGCUCCUCCAGUUUCCUGGCCUCGUCUAGGAAGAGCAGCUCUUUUCUGUCAGCUUUAAUGCUUUUAAAUUCUUUGGAUUAAUAAAGUAAAGUUAAAUUAGGCCCCAUCUGCAUUAGAUGUUUAAAGCAGCAUCAUGCCACUUUAAUGUUCAUGGCUUCCCCCAGAGCAUCCCGGGGUCUGCAGUUGGUUAGGGGAUUGCACCCCUAACAAAUGGCAGUUCCUAGGAUUCUUUGGGAAAAAUAAUGACUUAAAGUGGGAUGCUUUAAAUGGUAUAGUGCAGAUGGGGCCUUAGUCUUGUGGGCAUUGAAGACACUACUUGUCUGCUAAAAGCACUUUGGUAAUUAUUCCUACAUCUUCUAAUCUGAGUGGGACAGCCGAUAAGUUCUGUCUCACAUAAUGGCUUAGAUGCACUUGAACUCCGCAGCCCAUUUUUGGGAUAGUCUGUAUUUUCUUUUUUGAAGAAACAGUUCCAGGCAUUUCUCCCUCCCCAGUGCAGUUGACAGUAGAAUAUUGGCCUCUUGGCUGUAAUAAUUUAAAACUGCUUUCUGGUCUACCUUUCCAUUCUGUGAGGUGGAGCCAAAACUGCACUUAAAAGUGGAGGGUGGGAGGGUUUGUAUAGUGUGGGUUUUCCCAAUAUUUGGUCUCCAGCUGUUUUUGGAUUACAACUAUCAACCUUAGCUAGCAGGACCAGUGGCCAACGAUGGUAGGCAUUGUAGUCCACAAACAGCUGGAGACCCAAGUUUGGGAAACCCUAGUAUAUUGGUCCAGUUAAUCUUCACUGAGACCUAAGCACACCUUAUGAAGGAUUUCCAUCCUAGCCUCUUGUUGAAAUAAGACCAGUUUUAACGUGUGCUUAAACCUUUUUCUAAAGCUGCAAUGGUGUUUGUAUAUAUAUCAUUUUGUUUGACUGGUGAAUGGCUUAAUUUAGAAUGCAAAACUGAUAGUCCUGAUGGGUUUUUACGUGGCUGAGUUUGCAAUAGCAGGCGGAUCCUUAUUCUGUUGAGGGAGACGAGACCUCAGGAUUCACGAAGUAAUGCUCGGUUUUGGCAUGGUAGCAUAACCACAACAGAGGAGAGCACGCCAGGAUCCGAAAACUAAGUAGCUUUACAAAAUCCGGGAGGCUUGCAGAUGGUUGAGCUACUAGGAACGGCUAGCAAGCAUAGCUCCGAAUGGCUUCCAGCUCAGACGCUACCACAGCUGAGAGUAGACGCGUGUUGAGUCGAGUGGACAGAUAAGCCAGGUGCAGGCUUCUGCUGACUAGAAAAGUGCUCAGUGACCACCGGAAGGAGGCAGACGAGAGUAAGGAUCCUUGCUCUUAGGACUAGCAGUCAGACGCAGAAGGAAGGAAAGGUUAUAUUACUGUACUGGUAGGUAAGAACAGAUUUUACUUAUGUCCUAUACAGUUUUGUUAUCCUGCUAAACUUUUCUCAGAGGCUGAGUUUACCUUGUAAAUACUAGUUGAGCUACUUAAAUUUUCCCAGUGCUGUAAAAUAAGCAUUAGAUGGGUAGAACAUAAUAUUGACUUGCCUAUUUUUUUUAAAAAAAAAAAAAUUAGUCACAACAUGGGUGAUGAAAUGUACUUAAUGAAAGCACUGCCUCUUAUCUCCUCCUCGGGUAGCCUUGUGGACUUAUAAAAGCAUAGUACCACAAUGCAAUGGCUAUACUGCUGUAAAUGCAGACUACUUUGGGGGGAGGGGACUCCCAUGCAAAGUACCUGUUAAAUGUAAUAGGGUGAGGUCGUAUUGAGUAUUUUAACACGUCUUCCUUUUUAUAGGAGAAGAGCUGUCCGGUGCUAAAACACCUGCUCCAAGACAAAUGGACUAGGAUGCCCCUGGAUCUCAUUUUCUGUUAAAACCAGGUAAAACCAGCCAAUCCUAAGAAGGUGGGUGAGGCAGAAUGUGGUGAAGUGACCGGGUGCAAUAAAAUACAAGAAGCACUUGAUAGUUAGCUGUAGGAUAGAAUCAUAGAAUUGUUGGAAGGGACCCAAGGAUCAUCUAGUCCAGGCAUAGGCAAACUCAGCCCUCCAUAUGUUUUGGGACUGCAACUCCCAUGAUCCCUAGCUAACAGGACCAGUGGUCAGGAAUCAUGGGAAUUGUAGUCCCAAAACAUCUGGAGGGCCGGGUUUGCCUAUGCCUGAUCUAGUCCAACCCCCUGCAAUGAAGAAAUAUGCCAGGUAGCUGCUAUGCAGAAUGAACCUAUAACCUUGGCAAUAUGAGCACCACACACUCGAAUCAGUGGUGUCCAAACUUUUUUCAAAGAGGGCCAGAUUUGAUGAAGUAAAGGGCCAUGAGGGCCGGCCAAAGUUGUUGAGGUGUUUGGUUUUUUUAGGAUUUUACCCCAGGAAAUAAACUGCCAUGGGCCGAAUUAGGCCCACAAAACGGACUUUGGACAUGCCUGCUCUUAAUCAACUGGGCUAACUUUCAAUGGAUUCCAGUAUUUUGUUUUAUUUCUAGAUUGAUAGGCAAAUACUAGGCUGCAUCUAGGAAUGAAGAGUAAUACUAAUGUGUGUUCAAAUGUUCCCUGUGUUUCAUCCUUUGUUCUUUUCUUGCAGGACUCUUCAACUUCACGUACCACAAAGCUUUCCAAGAAAGUUUAAAUGGCUACUGGGUAGCUGUAUACAUAAACUAUUCAUGUGAAUAGCUGUUAAGUAAUAUAUUUUUUUUGUAGCAACUGGGUUGCAUUUUCAGAGUUGUCAACUUCUAAGGCAGUAGUGAAUUCCAUAAUAUUCUGACACAGCCUUCUUGGCCUUCAUAUAAAAACAGGGUUGAACUCCCACUUCAUUGUGCACCUUUCAUUGCAGAAUUUAUUGAAGUUGACCUACAAUUAUGUCUUCAGAUUCCAGCUGCUCAACACCUACAAUUUCUCCCUUCCAUAAAUAAAAUGACUGGGGCCAAAACCCCCAUCUUAAUAAAAUGAGCAAUAUUUUGCA